AACGCAUCGCCUUGAAGCCCCAUCUGAUCGCCGCUCCCUCACGUCCUCGCCCCUCCUGCUGCCGUGUCACCACGCUGUUUGUGCGCUGGUCCACCGCUCUCUCUGCUGUUUCUCCGGCACAUACGUCACCACGCGCAAAACAUUCACACUCACACCUCGGCGCAUUCCACGGCUGGGCGAUGCAGAGCAGUCGCGCCCGCCCAUAAUUUAUAAUCAAUAAUCCGCCGUCCCCACCAUGUUCUCCAAAAGACGGAGGGCAGCUUCCAAUCCGCCCCCGAGAGCAGCGCCGCCGCCCAGCACGUCCGCAUCGCUCGCAGCCACCAAGGCCUUCGUCAAGAACCAGGCGUCUGAUGCGACCCUCUCCAAUGCCGCUGCCGCCGCCGCGCUGCGCUCCCACACGUCCAGCCCGACCCCUGUCGGCGAACUGGUGACGAAGCGCAUGGCGCGCCGCGGCUCGACAUCGUCGCAGGGCAGCCAGAGACCGCAGGGCCUGCAUCGCCAGUCGAGCACGGGGUCAAUGACCGAGCGCUCCUUUCGAAAUCCGUCCCCAAACGGAGGCAACGCGGCUGUUCCGCCCGUUCCCGCCGUGCCCCAGAACAUCCCUGGAUCCGGCGGCAGCGUUCAUCGACGCGCAUCCAGCCUCGAGCCGGCCAGCCGCGGCGCAUCGCCGACUCAACGGGGAGGAGGCCGAGGCGUGAGCCUGGACAGAGGCCCAGGGCCGUCAGCACACCGCCCGCAGCGUGUCGGCAGUCCCCUCGCCCAGGUCUCAGAAGAGGGACACGAUCAGCGACAGUCGGUCAACUUCUCACGCCCAAUGUCGCCGGGGCUUUCGGGCGGGCCGUCGAGCAGCUCUGGCUGGUUCGGCGGCCCCGUUGUCAACCAGGAGGCAGUCCAGCGCAUGGCAUCAACAGGGCGACCAAAAUCCGUAGGCGCGCCCUACGCCACCAACACAGCACAAGCAGUGGCGAACGCCGCCGGUCGUCCCGUCAGCCUUCAUUAUGUGCAGGGCGGACAGGAGGGCAUGCGCCUCUCGAGUGGCGGCAUGCGCGCAAAGCCUUCCGGCACAGCUGUGCAGUCGAGGUCUUUCCUGCCAGCAAGCACGCAGUCGCCACGGCAAGUAGACCCCAAGUCGCCGGACGCUGUCUACGAUCCGUCUACAAGAACCUUCAUCCACAAGCAAGAUGCUAUGAACAUCCAUCGCGAGCAGCACGAGCAACCGGAAGAGCCUGCGCAGCACUACGUCUCCCAGCACCUCCGGUCUGCCGCACCGCUGCAAUCCGGUCGUGGCCGCACGCCCAGCCCGCUUCGGCACUCUGUGCGGCCAGAGCAGUCGCCUCCUCGUUCCGUGGCACAGCCUCUGCUGCCCAAAACCGACGCCGCGGAGACGCGGAAAUUCGAAGACCGCCCAGUGACACCUCCGUCCUCACAGCCAAGCUCGUCUGGAGCCACCGUCGCCAGGCAGCAUUCGAAGGACUAUGCAAACGCUGACAUUGAGCCGGUCGCCUUUAUCCCCAUUGACAAGGGUGGAGCCAACACAGCUCAACAACCUCAGACUGAACUGUCAUCACAGUUUGUGCAAACCCUGGACAGCUCAUAUCCACGCAUCGGUACACCGGCGAAGACAGCAUCGAACAUACCUGUUGAACAAGUCCGCGAUACCGUCAAGACCGAAAGACAGGCUUCCCUGAGUCCCGCUCGUCACGCUACUUUUGCGCCAAACACGAGUGUGCUUGCUGGCUUGAAGCAUGAGCCUCUGCCACGAUCUGUGUCACCUGCGAAGUCCGCCCUCAAGUCAUCUCCCUCAGUGUCCAGACGCAGCAAUUCACCGCUUGGACCGAAUCAGCGUGUAUACAGCAAGGCAGCCUCGGUCAGUGGCGCGUCUGACACCGCUUCUGAGAGUGGGUAUGGAAAGAAGAAGAAGACAGUACGGGUCAGCUUCGAGCAAGAGCCUACUGUUGCUGGCUACGCUGCAUAUGGAGACAUGGACACGCCAGUCUCGCCCGCUGGCCCAAAACCUUCGAAACCGACUCCCGCGGUCCAGGAAGAGUUCGACGACUUCAUGAAGCCCCGCCCAGCUUUGCCGUCUUUCGGCAGCGUGCGCGACAAGACUCGACAACGCGACGAAGAAGACAUUCCCCAAAAGGUCACUGAGACCGUCUCUACUCCCAUGUCAGCAUCGGUGGCGUCAGUAGGAGAUUCAAUGGAGGCUUCUACCGACCUUGGCCUAGGCCAUACGGUCGCUCAGGACUUUGCUUCCAAGCAGAGCGCUACUGACGAUCCUCUGCCCCCACAAGCCACUUCUGUUGAAGGCAGCGGUUAUGUGUCUGACUCGAACUACUCUACAGAUGGCGAGUCGAGUGUACGCAAACACGCCGAUCCAAUAACAACGGAAACAUUGCCGGUCCGCGAGCCCAAGUCUUUGACGAAGCCAACCGCAGAGACGCCCUCUACAAUACCUGCUAUCUCGGAGCAGAUUGCCGAAGUGCCCAACAUUGCCGUUCUCCCUGCGACACCGAGCCCUUACGAGCACCCCGAGCCAAAGUUCCAGAGCAUGUCUGCGCCCGGCGGCUGGACUGAAGAAGAGGAGCAGCAGCCUCCAACAACCUCGUAUGCAGCCGUGCAAUUCGCGCCAAUCGAGACUCCAGCUUCGAUUCAGCAGCAGCAGCAGCUAAAUGAGCCACCGAGCACCACGAAUCCAGACGACGACGAUACGGACAAUAGCAGUGUGUACAGUGACGCGUACGAGGACAUCUCUGAUAAGGAUGGUGGCUUUGGCAGUAUUAAUGCGAUCGUUGAGAGCCCGGUAGCUGGACCAAGCCCUGGACUGAUGGCUUCCAAGUGGGCUGACAAGAGCGUCACCGAGAGUCCAACUCCUCGCUCCAAGAGCAAUACAUCGACUGUCGAUAAGGACAAGCUUGUGGAUACGUCGACAAGCGAGUGGGAAGCUGCAAGGGCACACUGGAGCGGUAUCAACCGGCCUCGAGACCACGACGAUAGACCUGCUGUACAGACAGAUACGCAUAGACAGACUGUUGCUGCGCGGGUACUGCAAGCUCCGGUGCAAGAGGCGGAGCUUCGUACCGAACGCAAGCCUGCGGUGCAAGCCUCGCCGAAGGCAGCCCCGCAAACAACGCCGCAGGUCUCCAUGUUGGAAGCGCCAUCAAGAGCGUCGAUGUCGUCCCAGCCCUUGCAAACGCCAAACAAGCCUCUCAAGUCUGCUCUCAAGAAAACUACGCCUUCCCCUGCGCCUGCACAGACACCUGGCUCCGGUGUACCUAAGAUGAGAAUGAGCAUGCGAAGUGCUUCUCCUAGGGCUGCAUCCUCGGGGCAAUCGCAGAUGAGGACCACCAUGCGCGGAAACGCAAGCCCUGGACCUAGAGCUGCAUCCCAGAUACGCACUAGUAUGCGUGGCGACGCUGCACCCGCAACCAACAUGGCUCUCGCUGCAUCCCGUCAGAGUGCACCCGUCGAUACCAAGGCUCCAAGGGGAGCACUGCAGAAGAAGCACAUUCCGGCCGCUGUAGCUGCAUCACAGGCUCGACCACAGAGUAUACCAGCUGCUGCGCCCAGAAAACAAAUGGCUGCUCCCGCACCAACCUACGACAGCGACUCAGACGCAUCAGCGAGCAGCUUCCAUCGUAGCCGUGCCCGCCGAAACAGUGGCGGCGGCUUCUCCAGAACCUCCAUGCGAGGUGGACCUGCUGGUCACACCAUGCGAGCUUCAGCGCCUGCUCCGGCACAGGUUCGAUCUAUUUCGCCACCCAAGCCUGCUCAGUCCAGUUUCCGUCCAUCUAUGCGAUCGUCCUCUCCCGAGCCUGUAAAGUCGUCUAGGUUCAGCAUCAGAUCCUUGUCGCCUGCCGGACGGUUCCGCAAGAAGCCCAAGGACGUGCCACCUGUUCCUUCCUUACCUAGCCCUAGAUCCAUGCCGGAACCGAAAGGAAAGGCGCCGGCGCCCGCCCCAGCCAAGUCGCGAGCCUUCCAGAGCCGUUUCGCCGAUUCUAGUGACGAGGACGAGGAGCGCCCAAGGCGUUUCGCAAGUCGCUUUGCGGACUCUGACUCUGAACCGGAGCCAUACGAGCUACCCCCUGGCUUAGCGCCCGUACGUGGCAUUCCACGCAAGGCUGGCGAAGAAGAUGGCGAUUCCACAGAUCUCGAGGAGGAGAUGGAAGCCUCGAAGCCAUCAACAUCGGCUCCCCCUAUUACCGAUGUUCCCAACGGGCACGCCAAUGGCGCUGUAACUACCCAAGGCACAGCCUUAGCCGCUGGAUCACUGCGCGACAGUAAGCAUGCCCCGUCGUCGCCGGCCACCAAAGCGAAGCGAGGUUUUUUCGGUAUGGGUAAGAAGAAGAAGGGUGCUGUUACACCAGCACCUGCGCCAGCGCAGACUUCGCAAGCACCACAGCCAACAUCACCAACCCCAGAUGUUCCUUUGCCGCCACAGCAACGCAACCGUGAGGUUGGUGGGCCACUGACGCCUAUCGGUGAGGAUGAUGAUAAGCAACUUAGCGCCUCCCCAGCCGUCACCGCUUCACCGCAGGUCAAACAGUCGCCCAGAUCCCCUAAGCUUCAACGCCGUUCAACGCCUGAUUGGCCCCUUGCACCACCUCCGCCCGUCACCGGCGAGCAGCGUCCCAUGAGUUCAGAUGGUGCUGCACGUAGACCGCGUUUCGGCAAGCGACAGUCGAGCCAGUUCUCCACCGCCACUACUGCCACUUCCCCGGUCCUCGACGCACAGGGUCGGUCCGUGAGCUUCGGCAGGACUGGCAAGAAGAAGAAGUUUCAGGGCCUUAGGCGGGCCUUUGGAAUCAAUAACUAGGUCGCGAGACACAGCUAAUCGUUUGCAGUACUCCGCGGGGAGAUCACCUUCACGCUCGGGUACACAAACGCUCCUUAUCUUCAGCAACGUCGAGCCGAUCAGUCAGCCCUCUCGUCCACGUUUCGGUCGUUGUGGGUGGAUGUUAACGUCCAUCUUCCACAGCCGAGCUCGACACGCAGAAAAUUGCACGACACUCUUACGACUUUUGAAUUUUCUUGUUACACCACGCCUAUGCACAUUUCCUUUUCUCGGUCACUUCGAAUGGAGCGGUCCCUGUCUUGGCUUGCAAAAGAUACCACUGGAUGAGCAACAUUGAUGCGUAUUGACGCGCCACUUUCGCUUGGACUGAUACAUGUUUGAUUAGAUGUCAGGAGAUGCGGGGGAGAUCUGCUGGGAAGAUGAUUGUACAUAAUUUCUAAUCGAGAUGUUUGGAUACUAGUCCCCGC